GCCCCAGCAUGCAGCUCGGCAAAGCCACCAGUGGAGCCAAGACAGCCGGGGGGCUCCCACAGGGCACCCAACAUGCCAGGGAGGGGCAGGAGGCCCCUUUUUGGGAUGCACCACACACCCCAGCCACCCUCGUUGGCAGGUGCACGCAGCCCCUGGCCCUCGGUGGCCCUGUUCCUGGCGUGACGUCCUUCCCCCACCGGGCUCUCCGAAACCACAGCCACUCUUCCGUGCCCGCCUUUCCUUCCCCGCCCUGGCAGGAGGUGCAGGCGGAGGGCAGCCUACGACGCUCCUCCGUUUUCAGUGGUUGCCCAGCCCCGGGGCUGCCCUUGUGCCCCGUGCUGGUGAUACCGGCUGGCGCUGCAGCUCGCGGUCCCGUGGCAUCCCCAGGCAGAGAUCCCAUGGUGCCGGGCUGGGCUGUGCUGGUGAUGCUGGUGCCGGUUCUGGUGCUGAGCACCCUGUGGGCAUGCGGGGCUGUGCCACUGCUGGAGCCGGGGCAGCACCAUGGUGUGCAGUGGGUCUGGGGGGCGGCCAGGCAGGCACAGGCUGAGCCCCUGCUGCUCUCCCGCAGGAAGAGGGACGAUGGCAGGCAGCAGCCCACCGCUGCCACCACCAUGCUGGAGCAAGGUUAUGCUGCCACUGCGAUGCCCAGCAGCAACGACCUCGAUCCCCCCAAGCCCAGCCUGCUGCUGGGCUCUGCGCCUCCACCAGCACCCAGCACCAACGCCAGCCUGCACCAGGCACUUGCAGUGCCAACCACAGCUGAUCCCCUGGAUGAGACUGAUUCCCCCGAGCCUGACCUGUUGCUGAGCUCUGCGCCUCCACCAGCACCCAGCACCAGUGCCAGCCUGCACCAGGCACUUGCAGUGCCAACCACAGCUGAUCCCCUGGAUGAGACUGAUUCCCCCGAGCCUGACCUGUUGCUGAGCUCUGCGCCUCCACCAGCACCCAGCACCAGCGCCAGCCUGCACCGGGCGCAUGCAGUGCCGACCACAGCUGAUCCCCUGGAUGAGACCGAUUCCCCUGAUCCUGACCUGCUGCAGAGCUCAGCGCCACCGGCAGAGCCUGGCACACAAGCAGCACCCCAAAACAGCAUCACCACCAUCCCCAGCUGGCUUACAUGGCCCAGCAAGGAGGAGACAGCAGCUGGUGGCACAGACAGCAGCUCCUCUGUGGGGCUGCGCUCAGCGACCCACCCAGCCCUCAGCCCCACCACCACGGGUUACAAGAAAGUCAAGAAAACUGGAGCUCCCCCUGUGUCGACUCGUUCAGCCCCUUGGGAUACAAAGCCCGGAGGGACGGCAGUCCCAUGGGACCCCAGCAAGGUGAUGAGCAAGUGCCUGCUGGCCAUCCUGCUGCUGGCACUGGUGGCUGCCACCUUCAUGGUGUGCACGGGGGUGCUGGGCGCCCUGCUCUGGCGGCGGACGCGGAUGGCACACCGCCGGCUCAGCCACACCGAGAUGGUCUGCAUCUCCUCCCUGCUGCCUGACGGCGAGGUGGCUGCCAAUGGCCCCAAGCCUGGCCUGACCCGGCGGCCAAAGCUCCUGCUCGAUGGCUCCGAGGCUGAUGGUGACAACCUGACUCUCAGCAGCUUCCUGCCAGAGCACUCCUGAGCUGCGGGGAUGGGGUCCUGCAUCCCAGUGCAUCGGGGGGCUGCUGGCUGGGCCCUGGGCAUGGUGCCCGGUCCCCAGUGCUGGCAUGUGUGGAGCCACGGGCAGGGGACCCCCACCCCCUUGGGUUUGUGUGUCAACUUGGACAAGUGUGAUGAGGAGCUGCUUUCCCCUGGGACGAGCUCAGCCCUCAAGGCUGACCCUAUUAAAGUGUU